AUGCGUCAGUGCUCAGUAAGCGCCUCCUUCUGUCGGCCAGCCCCCGUAGAGGAGUCAGACAGACAGGAGGGGGAGGAUGGGGGGGGUUCCUGCCCUCCAGGAGUUUUCAUUCUAAAGCAGGGAGUCCCCUUCCCUCUCCCUGCUCAAUCCCUCCCCUCCCGCUCCCAGCCCUUUGGUGGUCCUCCUCUACCCGGCGGUGUUCAAUCCCCCGAGGGCUCCACUCUGCCCUUCCCCCCCUCCUCCUUCCCCGCCGGCGGGGGUGGGCGGGACCCAGGCGCAGGCGUCACAGCCUCUGGCGGCCGCCCUGCGGUGCCCCUCCCCCUCGCUCCCGGAAGGAGGCGGAGGAGGCUCUACGGGAGCAGCGAGGGCCCCGAGGACUCGACCGACAGCGAGCCCGAGCCCGAGCACGAGCCCGAGCCGGGCUCCCCGCAGAAGCUGCUGCGCAAGGUGUCCACGUCCGGCCAGAUCUGGCACAAGGAGACAAGCCUACCCUCAGAGCUGUGCCCAGGAUUCUGGUCUUCCAAAAUGAUGAAGGGAGCUCCCCAGACUGACCUGGGAGGAAGAGGAAGGAAGAGUCUGUCUUUGCAUGCAGGGACUCCUAGCUGCAGGAUUGGAGGCAGGAGCUGCCUUCCCUGUUGUCCUGUGUGGCACUGUCUGUGUUGGAUUGAGCCAGACUGGUGUAUGUGUCCCCAGGGGCAUUCUGAGUACAGUGAGAACAUCCCUGUAAAGCCCAGGCACGGUGCCUGGCACAUAGAAUUUAAACCAGCCUUUUGUCACUGUUCACCUUUGCACACACCUGGGGUGGAGGAGGAGAGGAAGGAGCUUCCUUGUUGUCCUGGAAUCUGGAGGCUGCUGAAGGAACAUGCUUCGCUAUCCCUCCAUCCUAGACUCCACCUGUGCUGGCUGAGCCCCCUCCGCUCUAGAAGCAGCAGGGCUGGGCCAGGAUUCUCAGGGAGCUGGAAGGGGCCAACAGAAUCGAGGAUUCCCUUGGCAAGGUCAGUUUUACGAGAGUCUCAUCCCAUAUUUGCCUUGCCUGCCUUCUUCACAGGGCGGGGAAUGGGAAGAGAGGGCGAAGGUCACGGUUCUUUCCUGUAAUUCUGAUAGGGUCAAGCUCAUU